CAUCGAUAGCAUUUACGGCCCCAUAUAAAACAGGUCAGAUGAAUCAGUAGCUUAUUUAGUUUCUCACUUUAGCGAGAGAGCCAUCUAGUGGCAGACGUGCAUAAUACUUCUUGUGAAUAGUGAGUGAGAGUGUUUUUAAAAAAUCAAAAUGCCUGGACGUCCUAUUUGGCAGUGUGCUGGAAAGCGUGAACCCGAGAAGGAGUUAGAAGCACAGAGAUGGAUCGAAGCCGUAAUUGGGGAGAAGUUCCCAUCCAACCUUCCGUACGAGCUAGCACUGCGUGAUGGUAUCAUACUCUGCAAACUCAUGAACAGGCUGCAGCCCGGAAUUGUACCCAAGGUCAACAUUUCUGGUGGAGACUAUAAGUUCAUGGACAACAUUAGUCAGUUCCAAAAAGCGUGUAUUAAAUACGGUGUACCGGAUGUGGACUUGUUCCAAACUACUGAUCUAUGGGACCAGAAGAACAUCGCCCUUGUUACCACAACCAUCUUCGCGAUCGGACGAACGGCUUACAGACAUCCUGAAUGGCGUGGACCUUGCCUAGGCCCCAGACCAGCUGAAGAAAACCGCCGCGAGUUCAGCGAAGAUGUGUUACGCGCUGGUGAAGCCGUCAUAGGACUUCAGGCAGGAACCAAUAAAUUGGCGUCACAGUCGGGACAAAACUUUGGAGCAUCCCGGAAAAUUAUCCUUGGAAAGUAAUGAUCAUUACUUCAACGAUUUAGAUAUUUUAGAUCAGAUAUUUUAUUAAACAGCAAAUUAUUGUCUAUUUAAUUAUUUUACUGUAGUAAAAAUUAUUUUGUUUUAGGUUAUGUUUAAAAAAAGUUUUCCAUUUAUAUAAUUAAAAAAUAUGCGAAUAUUCAGCUAACGGCAUGUACCUAUAUUUUAUAUCCUUUUUCCUAUAUUUCUUAAAAUUAUCGUAACUAGGUAAUAAAUUUUUAAGCGGUUUUUUUUCUCUGUAUCAACUGCGUUAUCUAUAGUAGGUAUUCAUAAUACGUACAUAAAUUUAUUUUUUUAUAAUAAAUAAGACACGAGGCAAAAUAUCUUAGUUUAUACCUUGCAUUGUCAAUUCUUUCUAAAUUCUCAUUAUCAGUAUAAAUACACUAAACUCUUCUCUAUAUCACAAGUUAUGUAUUACUAAUAUUUAAAUGUUGUAUUUGUAUAUCUCAUUUAAUAUGGAAAUAAAUGUUUAUAAAUAAAUGUUAAAAAA